UUAUAAAUAGCGGAGGGCGGCUAGCCACUGGAAAUCAGCAGAAUGAGUCUGCAAGCUCUAAAUGAUGAAAAUCUCUCAAUCGACAUAACAGCUGAGACGUGUGACUUCCUGUUUACUCCUCCUCAGCCUACCGGCAGACCCUCCAUCCUCCGUCCUUCACAGAAAGAUAAUCUACCUCCCAAAAGCCCUAGCAAAGGCAUGAAGGUCACUUUCCAGACUCCAAUGCGGGACCCUCAGACUCACAGAAUUGUAAACUCCGGUCUGAGCAGUAAACCAGACAGUCUCUUCUUGCUGGAGAACUGUACACAGGCACUGGAGCAGCUUCAUCUGUCUGCAGCUGAUGCUUCCAGUAUAGUUCCAGAAGAAACAACACUCUCAAAAGAUCCCCCAUCCCACCCUGAAGAUGAAGCCCCAGUAAAAAGCAAUGGUGCCUAUAGCAUUGACUUUGAUAAGCUGGAUGAGAUUAAUCCAUUCAAAAGUACGAAGAAGAUGCAGAAUUCUCCUGUAAAACCAGAUUUUGAUUCCACAAAUGUCCCAGAUUCACUGGCUGAUCUAGAGGUUAAAGAGUUGUCUGAGGCCUCUGCUAACAGUGCUGGUAUUGUCAGUGAGAAUUUAGCAGCUUUGAGAGCUAGUCCAGAUAUAACCGAUUCUCCGGUCACUGUACAGUUUGCCCAAGGAGAUGAGGUUUUAAAUACAUCUGGUAAAUCGGGAUUAGAUGACACUGUUCCCCUGACGGCUGACACAGAUGUCCAGGAGAGUUUAUCAAAAUCAACAGCAAUUGAUCAAGACAAGAAUACCAUUUCAGAUGAGAAGGAAGCUGGUAGAGUAGACGAUCUAGUUGAUGUGAUGCCUGCUUCUACCACUGAGGGUGUAAAAGCACCACAACCUGAUGUUCCAAGCUCUCCACCAUUACCAAAAGGGUCUUACAAAUUUGAUCCAGAUCAACUUGAUUCCAUGGAUCCAUUUAACACUGGAGGUUCAAAGCUGCAGAACUCUCCCAAAAAACCUGUCUCAGGAGAAGGUAAAGAUGAUAAAGCGGAGCCAGUGAAGCUUGAAUUUGAUUUUGGAGGUGGCGAUGCUCCUCUUAAGACACCACCUAAAAAAUUGGGUAUGAGACCACCUCUAAAAACCGCAGCCAAAAAGAAUACCGUUUCAGAUGAGAAGGAAGCUGGUAGAGUAGAGACUAUAGCUGAUGUGAUACCUGCUUCUACCACUGAGGGUGUAGAAGCACCACAACCUGAUGUUCCAAGCUCUCCACCAUUACCAAAAGGGUCUUACAAAUUUGAUCCAGAUCAACUUGAUUCCAUGGAUCCAUUUAACACUGGAGGUUCAAAGCUGCAGAACUCUCCCAAAAAACCUGUCUCAGGAGAAGGUAAUGAUGAUAAAGCGGAGCCAGUGAAGCUUGAAUUUGAUUUUGGAGGUGGCGAUGCUCCUCUUAAGCCACCACCUAAAAAACUGGGUAAGAGACCACCUCUAAAAACCGCAGCCAAAAAGCCAGUUGUGCCUAAGGAAGCAGUACAUGAGAAACCAAAGGAGCAGGAUCAUCCAAAACCACCGGAGGAGGAUGUUAUUGUUCCUAAAGUUUCCUACAACUUUGACUGGAAUAAGUUUGAGGAUCCUAAUUUUAACCCAUUUGGAUGCGGGGGAUCAAAAAUAGUUGCCUCACCUAAAGUCCCCAAGAUUGACAGCGAAGCUCCAAUUGUGAAGAAAGAGGAUGUUCUACCUGUAGUAGAGAGCGCAGCUGCAGAAAAGACUGAAGCCAAUAAAUCCACAGUUUCUGACCCAGCUGAGACGCCUCUCCAAGAUUCCACCCUGACGGAGGACAAAUCUGUGAGUGUCAGCAGCGAGAAUACUUCUGAGGAACACAAGGAUGAGAGCACUGAUGUGAAUACAGUUGAAGAGGAUAAAACCUCUUCAGUCAUUGAUGAAAAUCCCUCGCAGAUUAAAGCUGUAUUGCCAGAUUCUCAGACUGCCUCAAACACUCAGCUUGGAGCACUGGAUAUGGAUUUCAAUGUUGCCUUAGACCUGGACUUUAAACCAGCCGAGGAGAUGGAAUUUAAGCCGGCUACUGAAGUUUUUACAGUUGGAUUUGACCAGCCAAUAGAAAUUGACUAUCUUGAGAACUUUGGCAUGGCUUCUUUCAAAGAUUCUGCUCUGAGGAAACAGUCCUUGUUUCUGAAAUUUGACCCUCUGCUGCGAGAGUCUCCUAAGAAGUCUGCGACUACAGACGACAACCUGAUGAGCGGCUUACCUCAAUGCAACAGCUUGGAGUUCUUUGGAAGCUUUCCUCAAUCAGCACACCCCUCCGCCUUGAACCUGGAGAUUGAAGAGAAACCCAGAGGCCUCGAUCUCCUGGGGACAUUCACUGUAGCUGACACAGCUCCUUUAAUUCCAGACAGUACAGGUUUCCGAUCUGCUCCAGACCCCUUCCUCCUACCGCCUGAUGUGGGGGCAAUUGUUGAGGUUCUCAAGUUCAGCCAGAAGGACAUGGAUGCAGCUAUAGAGACUGUCCGGCUAGAGGUUCGGGAAAAAGAUUUGGAGGUUUUAGAAUGGAAAAAUAAGCAUGAAAAACUCUACCUCGAAUAUGUGGAAAUGGGGAAAAUUAUUGCUGAAUUUGAAAGCACAAUUGCACAAAUACUAGCGGACUCUCAAAGACAGAAGGAAAUGAUGAAACGAGAGCUAAAUAAAGUUUUGGAGGAGAAGCAGCAGGUUCAGAAUGACUUGAACUCUAUGGAGAAUUCCUUUUCUGAACUCUUUAAAAGAUUAGAAAAGCAGAAGGAUGCUUUGGAAGGUUAUCGCAAGAAUGAAGAGGCCCUAAAGAAGUGUGUUGAGGAUUACCUGGCCAGGAUUAAGAAGGAAGAGCAGCGAUAUCAGGCACUGAAAGCACAUGCGGAGGAAAAACUGAGCAGAGCUAAUGAGGAAAUUGCCCAAGUAAGAAGCAAGUUCAAGAGUGAAUCGACCGCUCUCCAGGCAACACUACGCAGAGAGCAAAUGAAGAGCCAGUCCUUGGAGCGUGCUUUAGAACAAAAGACAAAAGAAAAUGACGAACUGACAAAAAUAUGUGAUGACUUGAUCUUGAAAAUGGAAAAAAUUUGAGACGUGAUCUCGGCACUUUUGUGCAAUACUGUUU